CUCGUGUUUUAUUCGGCUUGUAGCCAUGGCUCGGUUCGCUGCCCUACUGCUUUUACCUGUUCUCAUUGAAUCGGUAUUUUCGAUUUCUUUCUUUCUACCUGUAAAUUCAAGGAAAUGUCUUCGGGAAGAGAUCCACAAAGACGUGCUCGUCACGGGGGAGUAUGACAUCAACGACGAGUCCAACACCAAAACCAACCUGAAGAUCACAGACUCAUCAGGACACAUCCUCUACUCGAAGGAAGAUGCAACGAAAGGGAAGUUUGCCUUCACAACAGAAGAUUAUGACAUGUUUGAAGUGUGCUUUGAGAGCAAGUCCCCAAUGGGAACUGGGAGAGUCCCGGACCAGCUGGUUAAUCUGGACAUGAAGCACGGAGUGGAGGCCAAGAACUACGAGGAGAUCGCCAAGGUAGAGAAGCUGAAGCCCCUGGAGGUGGAGCUAAGGCGGCUGGAGGACCUAUCAGAAUCCAUCGUCAACGACUUUGCCUACAUGAAGAGGAGAGAGGAGGAGAUGAGGGAUACCAACGAGUCCACCAACACACGUGUCCUGUACUUCAGCAUAUUCUCUAUGUGCUGUCUGAUUGGCCUGGCCACCUGGCAGGUCUUCUACCUGCGACGCUUCUUCAAGGCCAAGAAGCUCAUCGAGUAGAGAGAGGCAUCACCACUCCGCCCAGGGAGAGCAGCCAAUGCUUUACCCGAUCAAUCUCCACCCACCUCGGACUAACUUCGUCAAAACUAGAGCUGUGUCCCGAAAUGACUGGAGGAGAUGGAGACCAGCGCACUGUCGAGGGGAGAAAGAGGAAUAAAUCCAAAAACAGAGGCUAAACGGGAAUAAUUGUAGUCCUUUAAUGGACAGUGUGCUGGUCUCUAUUCCUUCCAGUAUUCUUAUUUUGACCCUUACACCUGGAACCAGCACUAUUCAGCAGUAAGGACAGAUUCCUACAAUUCAUAUUUAUGUGUUUUUAAAUGCCAUCAUAUUUCCUCUAGAGUGCACUACUUUUUUUUACCAGAACCCCAUAGGGCUCCGGGUUCCCCCCCCAUAGGGCUCCGGGUUCCCCCCCCAUAGGGCUCCGGGUUCCCCCCCCAUAGGGCUCCGGGUCCCCCCCCCCCAUAGGGCUCCGGGUCCCCCCCCCAUAGGGCUCCGGGUCCCCCCCCCCAUAGGGCUCCGGGUCCCCCCCCCCAUAGGGCUCCGGGUUCCCCCCCAUAGGGCUCCGGGUCCCCCCCCCAUAGGGCUCCGGGUCCCCCCCCCAUAGGGCUCCGGGUCCCCCCCCCAUAGGGCUCCGGGUCCCCCCCCCAUAGGGCUCCGGGUCCCCCCCCAUAGGGCUCCGGGUCCCCCCCCCAUAGGGCUCCGGGUCCCCCCCCAUAGGGCUCCGGGUCCCCCCCCCAUAGGGCUCCGGGUUCCCCCCCCCAUAGGGCUCCGGGCAAAUGUAGUGCACUAUAUAGGGAGUAAGAUGGCGUUUUGGACGUACCCUAUAAUGACAACAAAAAGAAUGAGCGGGGGAAGGUUUUAGGGGUGUGGUGCUGAGAGAGCACCAUGGGUAGCUUAUUCUCUGAAAGCCAUGUACACCUGGGACUCAUUCAGUGGAGUGAAACAUUCAACAACAAAAAAUCUAUACAAAUGUAGAAUAUACCCAGAUUUCUAUUCCGGGAGUGAGACAUGCAUGUCGAUCUGCAAUUUGUUUUAUACAUUUUGCAUCCUGCUGAAGAAGCACCUGAUGUUUUGGUGAUCGAUUUGACAUUUUUUAAUGCGUAUAGUUUGAUUUAGAGUUUUAUGUAGUUGGGAUGAAUGGAUGCACCCUUGAGAAAGGUCUAUUCCCCAUUUUUAUAUCGUUGAACAAAAUCUUUGCCAUGCGACCUAUAGGAUGUAGGGUUCAGCCCAAAAUGGCAACCUAUUCCCUAUAAGAAUAGGGUACCAUUUAGGCAAAGACUAUAUUCUUGUGGCCCUUAAAAAAAAAAAAGCGAAGGCCUCUAUGAACGGCAGGUGGAAUGUGUUAUAACUCAGAAUAGAAACUAUGGCGACCACUGAACUUUUAUGUAUUUGUCAGCUAAUUAAUUUGCAUACAGGUUUGGUAGCUACAUUUGAGUCUUUAGUUUGUUUUGAUUGUAAAUGCAAGGGGGGGGGGCUAAUAAGUUCAGGGAAUGAAUAGCUGUAUCUCAAAUUGAACCCUAUUCCCUAUAUAGGCCUAGUGCACUACUUUUGACCUGGGUAGUACUGCGCUAUAUAGGGAAUAGGGUGCCAUUUGAACCCUAUUCCCUAUAUAGGCCUAGUGCACUACUUUUGACCAGGGUAGGACUGCACUAUAUAGGGUGCCAUUUGAGAUGCAGACAAUAUAAUGUUGAAAACUAGGUCAUUUUAUAGUGGAACCAUUGCACGCUUCUAAGUAGUUUUUUAAAAAGAUGUACAAAAGAUAACAGCCACAUAUCUAUGUACUUUUCCAUCUGAAUAGGUCAUAAGACAAGUAGAGCUGCAGGGCCUUUUUGGAAAUGAUGUCUCUUCCUCUUUUGAGACCCAUUGAAUCUACUACACCUACCAUCCAAGAUCCAUCCAGCUUUCUUUUGGAGAUAAUUCUGGGGUUUGGGCUACAUGAGGAUUUGGAGUUGCUUUUAAAAUGAUUUUUUUUUAUUUUUUAUUAUCUCAUUGGUGCGAUUUUCACAUGUAUGUGCUAUAUUUCCACAACUCCUUAAUACAAAAUUCAAAACGGAUCAUCAAAAAGCCAGUUUCAAAACUAAGCACAUUUUCAAUUGACUAAAGUACAUCACACAGUCUCACUUUUUACACCAAAAUGUAAUCAGGGUUUCAUUUGGAAAGACAUGUUUCACAUGGCAAUACAUGUUUCAUAUGGCAAGACAUGUUUCAUAAAAAGUCAUUGCUUUUCUCAAUGGAUGUCUGUAAAGUAGAAACGUAAGUAUGAUAUAUGUAUUACUAUUAUGAUUUUACUUCACAGUAAGUAAAACAAAUCUGAUAUUGACAAAAUCAGACGUACUAUAUGUUACAAAUUAAAACGUUUUUAUUGGUCGCGUACACAGAUGAGCAGAUGUUACAGCGGGUGCAGCGAAAUGCUUGUGUUUCUAGCUCCUACAUUGCAGUAAUACAAUACCAAUUCGCAAAUAAUCCAGAAGGUCCUUAACAAUAAAUAAUAGCUUCACUAAAAUAGCAUUGGGUAGUACGGUACUGUAAAAUAGUCCAUUUACACAGCAGACACUUUUAUCCAAAGUGACAACAGUCCACUUUUUGGUAUGUGAUCCCAAUGGGAAUCAAACCCACACCUCUGGUGUUGCUAGUGCCAUGCUCUUAUGAACUGAGACAUGUACAGAGCCACUACAAUACAUUAAGUACAAUACAGUACUGUAACAAAAAAACAAAAACACGAUUACAAUACAGGUGGAAGAUCUAUGAUUGCCACCCCCAUGAGCGUACCACCCUCUAGGCCACGGAUGACUCAUGCAAUGACGUCAAUCCAGAACCUAUAUCAGGCCAGGUGCAUGAACAAUUAGGAUAUUUACUGUGAUUUUGAUGAGAACCUAAAUGCUCCAGACAGGUUUGAAUCAAACUAGCGCCUUAAACAUUUCUUUCAUUUGAUUACCUUUAUGAAAGAUCUCUUCAGUAAUUAGACAUGGGAUAGAAGUUACUGACAUUUCAUGUUCAGUUAAUUUUAAUGGGUAGUGCAAGUGAAUAGCCGAAUGUGAAACAGUGUAAUGUACUGUAAUUUACACUACUGGAGCGUACUACAGUCAAAGAGCAAAUUGAAACGUAGCUUAAAAGUUUUUUGUGCUUUUGGAUUAAUUGGUUAAAAUAACUAAAUUAAGGAGAUGUUAUUAGGUUGUGUUUUGGUGAUUUUAAAUCAAUGUUCUCAUUUCACAGUAAACUUAUAUUUUGGAUUAAUGGUUGUUUGGUGAACGAUGUCUACAAACCAAAUAAAUUCAUAUUGAAAGGAUUUGAAUGUAAAGACUGGCUGCAUUACAAGUGUUACCAGUUUGGAGUUUGUCCUAAGAGAUUAGAAAAUUCACCACAUAUUUGUGAAAAUAGCACCAAAUCGUAUAAAAAAUAAAAUAUUACAUUUACAUUUAAGUCAUUUAGCAGACGCUCUGGAUAAGAGCGUCUGCUAAAUGACUUAAAUGUAAAUGUAAUAUUAUUUUUUUUUUAAACAAAAACCACGUGGGAUACAUACAUUUUUAACAUUGAUCAUUUGCACAUGUUAUCAAUCAAUAAUUUCUGUAUUGAUUGAUAUCAAUUUGUAAAGGUUUGUGUUUGGGCUUUUAUUCAAUAAAAUAUUGGAUGGAUUUACAAAA